AAAAAUCUCUCUGCAAAUUCUUUCCCGCGCUUUACAGUCUCCGAUCAAUGGCUCCCAAAUCCGACACCUCCGAAGGAAUCGUGCUCAAAUUCGUCAAUGAGCAAAAUAAGCCAUUGAAUUCCCAGAAUGUGGCUGAUUCCCUGCAAAAGUUUAAUCUCAAAAAGGCUGCAGUACAAAAAGCUUUGGAUAAUCUGGCUGACAGUGGGAAAAUAUCGUUCAAGGAGUAUGGCAAGCAGAAAAUAUACCUAGCUAGGCAAGACCAGUUUGACAUUCCAAACACUGAAGAGCUUAAUCAGAUGAAAGAAGAGAAUACCAAACUGCAAGAACAGCUUGUUGAACAAAAGAAAGCUAGUGCUGGGGUUGAAGGAGAGAUUAAAGCGUUGCAAUCAAAUUUGACAUUGGAGGAGGUGCAAGCAAAACAAGUCAAGCUGGGGAAAGAGGUCAAGCAAAUGGAGGAAAAGUUGAUUAAAUUAAGGGAGGGAGUUACUCUGGUGAGCCCAGAAGAGAGACAAGCUGUGGAGAAGAUGUAUAUGGAUACAAUGAAUCAAUGGAGAAGACGGAAGAGGAUGUUCAAAGAUAUAUGGGAUGCAAUUACUGAGAACUCCCCCAAGAAUCUUAAAGAAUUUAAGGAGGAACUUGGGAUUGAGUAUGAUGAAGAUGUUGGUGUUAGUUUGCAAUCUUUUGGUGAUCUAGUGCAACAUGGCAAGAAGCGAUCCCGAAGCCAAUGACCUUCUAUAGCUACUCUUACAAUUUAGUCAAAACAGUCAAAAUCGGUGUUCAUCAUUUCUAAGGUAUAUGCAGUUGCUUGUGUUUAUAUGUAUAAAAGUUUAGACUCUUGAAACACGAUGAAUGUUUGCUUUCCCAGACCUUCCUUUUGAGCCUCUUACAGGCGAAAAUUAUCUUCUUUCAUCCCUUUUCUAUUUACCUUGGAUUUUCGAGCCUGUUUAGAAAAUCUCAGAUAAUUGCUGUUGCCAGGCAGA